AUGUCCAGCGGCAACCCCGACGGCGGCGCCGACCUCCUCUGGGGCACGGGCGUCUGCACGAUCUACCUCAAGCCGUUCGAGAGCGACCAGUCCACCUCCGAGGACGGCACGUCCUUUGGCGUGAAGGUCGUCCUGCACGAGUACUUCCACUGCCUCCAGCAUGGGCUCGUGUCCGGCGACGUCGACCCGAGCGUGCGGUACGACACCAUCGACGUCUCCAUCGAGGACGGGUGCGGGGUGAACGAUCUGUACCACAAGAAGACGCUCGCCGCAAUCAACAACAUGCCCGCAGAGUACAAGCUCGUGAAAAAAGUCGUCGUGUUUUACGCGUGCGGCAAAGGCACGGAGUACACGUCGUUGGACUUGCAAGACAUCGCGUACGGGUUCGGGUGCCCCGGCAUGGACCCGCUGCGGACGCCGGUGAAUAACCUCAACGGCAUUGGCGAGGGCGACGCGGAGUACUACGCGCAGCAGAUUCUCAUGCCAGCCAUCCAAGCCGCGGACACGACGAACUGGGACAGCUCGUACGCCACUCCCUACAACGGGGUCACGGAGUGGAACAACCGCGGCACCGAUGCGCAGACCGCGUGCGGUUUCAAGAACUCUGGCGACGACACCGCGAAGGACAACUUCGUGAUCGGCGACCUCAGCGAGGAUCACGUCGACAGCAAGAUGAUUCCCACGCUGAGCGACGCGGGAAAAGAUACGUGCCGGAACAACUACAUCGGCGAAGCCGCGUUUCGGUUCAUCUUGGCCACGUAUUCGCCGUCCUUAUCGAACGUGUUGAAGAUGUGGCAGGACGCCGGCUCCGUCGGCAUCGCGUCCGCGUUCGAGACCAACAUCGGCGUCUCGUGGAACACGUUCACCGCCGCGUUCGAGAAGUCGGCGACGUACCUCGGCAAGAGCUCGUCUGACGGAUACGACGGGCAGGCGCACGGGAGCGAUUACGAUAUGGAAGAGCUCGUGUACGGCUUCGCGAUCGUCGCGACGUUGUGCUGCCUCAUGUCCGCGUUCUUCUUGAUGCUGUGCGUUCGAAAUGUGUGGUUCAACCCGAGGAGGAUUAAGCGUCAGCAGAAGCAGCAGGAGCAGAGCGGCGGCGUCGUCGCCGGGCCGGGGCAGAUGCCGACGAUCGCGAUGAAGUGAUGAUCAUUAUGAAGACGCGAUCGAUCGUGAUCGUCCCGCGUCCGGCGGCUGAGGAGGUUGGUGCGACGAGACCGCGGUGGCGGUGUGGAAGUAAGACGCGUCGUGAUGCGACGACGACGCGUCGUGGAGGAGGAGAGAGGCUGAAUCGGUAUGUCGGCGGGCGACCGGAGUGGAGGCUGGAUCUUGUGUUGCAUACGAACCCUGGUUGAGAAAUCAAUCACAAACCCGGCGGCGGAGGAGGUUGGUGCGACGAGACCGCGGUGGCGGUGUGGAAGUAAGACGCGUCGUGAUGCGACGACGACGCGUCGUGGAGGAGGAGAGAGGCUGAAUCGGUAUGUCGGCGGGCGACCGGAGUGGAGGCUGGAUCUUGUGUUGCAUACGAACCCUGGUUGAGAAAUCAAUCACAAACCCGGCGGCGGAGGAGGUUGGUGCGACGAGACCGCGGUGGCGGUGUGGAAGUAAGACGCGUCGUGAUGCGACGACGACGCGUCGUGGAGGAGGAGAGAGGCUGAAUCGGUAUGUCGGCGGGCGACCGGAGUGGAGGCUGAAUCUUGUGUUGCAUACGAACCCUGGUUGAGAAAUCAAUCACAAACCCGGCGGCGGAGGAGGUUGGUGCGACGAGACCGCGGCGGCGGUGUGGAAGUAAGACGUGUGGAAGUAAGACGCGUCGUGAUGCGACGACGACGCGUCGUGGAGGAGGAGAGAGGCUGAAUCGGUAUGUCGGCGGGCGACCGGAGUGGAGGCUGUUUCUACGUGUGUGUGUGUGAAACUGUAAAUAUUGUGAUGGAGGAGGUUGGUGCGACGAGACCGCGGCGGCGGUGUGGAAGUAAGACGUGUGGAAGUAAGACGUGUCGUGAUGCGACGACGACGCGUCGUCGAGGAGGAGAGUGGCUGAAUCGGUCCGUCGGCGGGCGACCGGAGUGGAGGCUGAAUCUGCGUGUGUGUGUGUGUGUGUGAAACUGUAAAUAUUGUGAUGCAUACGAACCCUGUCUGAG